UAGUUCAUUGAAAUGAUGCUCUACGUUUCCCCCCGCAGAGAACGGUCUCUGCAGCAGAAUCCAGUGUCGUGUGUAAGUGUCAGCACGCAGACGGCUUCUGAGGACCAGGCGUCCACGCUGUGGGAUGAGCUCAGUCUGGUUGGCCUUCCAGACGCCAUCGAUGUCCAAGCCUUGCUCGAUCUGACAGGCUCCUGUUGGGCUCAUCACCGUUGUGUGGAGUGGUCGCUGGGCACGUGCCAGACGGAGGACCCCGCGGGAGAAAGUGUGGACAGAGCUGUUGUCUCAGGGAGCACAGAACGAUGUGCAUUUUGUAAGCACCUUGGAGCCACUAUCCGAUGCUGUGAAGACCAAUGCCCGCGGACGUACCAUUACCCCUGCGCCGCGGGCGCCGGCACCUUCCAGGACUCCAAGCGCUUCUUCCUGCUCUGUCCCGAACACAUCGACCGGGCGCCGGAAAGAUCAAAGGAAGGCGCCAACUGCGCAGUGUGCGACAGCCCGGGAGACCUCCUGGACCAGUUCUUCUGCACCACCUGCGGCCAGCACUACCACGGAAUGUGCCUGGACAUCGCUGUCACUCCGCUGAAGCGUGCAGGUUGGCAAUGUCCCGAGUGCAAGGUGUGCCAGAAUUGCAAACAAUCCGGAGAAGAUAGCAAGAUGCUAGUGUGCGACACGUGUGACAAAGGGUAUCACACUUUUUGUCUUCAACCAGUUAUGAAAUCAGUCCCGACCAAUGGCUGGAGGUGCAAAAACUGCAGAAUCUGCGUAGAGUGCGGCACGCGGACCAGCUCUCAGUGGCAUCACAACUGCCUGGUGUGUGACAGCUGUUACCAGCAGCAGGAUAACCUAUGUCCGUUGUGCGGGAAGUGCUACCACCCAGAAGUGCAGGAAGACGCGCUUCACUGUAACAUGUGCAGGAGAUGGGUUCAUUUAGAAUGUGACAAACCAACAGAUCAUGAACUGGAUUCUCAGGUCAAGGAAGAGUAUAUCUGCAUGUAUUGUAAACACUUAGCUGCCGAGACGGGGCCGCUGCAGCCGGGCGACGACAUGCUGAUGGCAGAGUUCUCCACAGAUUACAGCAACGAAAUGGAAGUUGAGGGGACUGAAGACCACGAGAUCUAUCUCACGCAAAUAGUCAGUAAAGAUGUCUGCGUUCCAGAACCUGCACCUGGAAUUGUUCCAGAUGCAGUCCCAGUUCACACCGGCGAACAGCAGAGGAGCCAGUCACCAGAGCAUCCUGACACACGUGGCCUUCUGACUUCCGCAUCAUCCCAGGAUAAAAUGAAUUCUGAAUUGGAAAAUAAGAUUUCUCAUGAAGUUGAUAGUGACAAAAUUGAAAUCACUUCUAAAGUGAUGCAUGUUUGUGAUGAAGAUCAGAAUGGAAACAAAAUGGAAGUGACAGAAAACGUUGAAAUCUUUGAUCACCAGAUCAUCGUUCAGCAAGAGGAGCUGGAUUCAUCAGAGAGAGCUAAUGUGACACCCGCAGAAGAGCCAAGGCCCCCGGGGCUGACCGUGGAGUCUGUCACCAUCCCUCUGGAUGCCCUGGUGUCUCCGCUCGAGCAGAGUGGCACCUCGUGUCCCGAGGAACAGCUGGUUAUGGAAGAGGCACUAGACGCGGAACGGAAAGAGAACUCUGAAGCUCCCGCUCCGUCUCCGAGCCUGGAAAUGACCCCUCCCAUGGAGGGCGGCGUGAAGGAUGGCUCACGUGAGGAGGACAGGCCUGUGACCCUGCCAUCCGACACAGAGCCAGCGCUUGGCGCGGCCGCAGAAGUGAGCAAGGCCCGUGCGUCUUCCUCACCACCGCUGCCUCCUGACCCGCCCUCCCACGACGUGCUGCACAGUUUCCCGCCAGCCCUCAGUGCUUCCGUGGGCAGCAUCAUGCCGACGACGUACAUCUCGGUCACUCCCAAGAUCGGCAUGGGUAAACCAGCUAUUUCCAAAAGAAAAUUCUCUCCCGGCCGCCCUCGCUCCAAACAGGGGGCUUGGAGCACCCAUAGUACGGUGAGCCCACCUUCCUGGUCCCCAGACAUUUCAGAAGGCCGGGAACUUUUUAAACCCAGACAGCUUCCUGGCAGUGCCAUCUGGAGCAUCAAAGUGGGUCGCGGGUCAGGAUUUCCCGGGAAGAGGAGGCCUCGCGGAGCGGGACUUUCCGGACGCGGUGGCAGAGGCCGGUCCAAAUUGAAAAGUGGCCUCGGGACAGUCAUGCUACCUGGGGUGUCGGCGGCCGACGCUUCCUCCACGAAGGAUGACGAGGAGAGCUCCAUGCACAACACGGUGGUGCUGUUCUCCAGCAGCGACAAGUUCACUCUGCACCAGGACAUGUGUGUGGUGUGCGGCAGCUUCGGCCAAGGCGUGGAGGGGAGGCUGCUGGCGUGCUCGCAGUGCGGCCAGUGUUACCACCCGUACUGUGUCAGCAUUAAGAUCAGCAGGGUGGUCCUCAGCAAAGGCUGGCGUUGCCUGGAGUGCACCGUGUGCGAGGCCUGCGGGAAAGCCACCGACCCCGGGCGCCUGCUGCUGUGUGACGACUGCGACAUCAGCUACCACACCUACUGCCUCGACCCCCCGCUGCAGACGGUGCCCAAGGGCGGCUGGAAGUGCAAAUGGUGCGUCUGGUGCCGCCACUGCGGGGCCACCUCCGCCGGCCUCAGAGGCGAAUGGCAGAACAACUACACGCAGUGCGCCCCCUGCGCCAGCCUGGCCUCCUGCCCCGUCUGCGGCCGUGGCUACCGCGAGGACGACCUCAUCCUGCAGUGCCGCCAGUGUGACAGAUGGACGCAUGCAGCGUGUCAAAGCCUGAGCACCGAGGAGGAAGUAGAAAGUGUAGCAGACCUUGGUUUUGACUGUAGCAUGUGCAGACCCUAUAUGCCUACUUCUAAUGUGCCUUCCUCAGACUGCUGUGACUCUUCACUUGUAGCCCAGAUCAUCACAAAAGUGAGAGAGCUAGAUCCGCCCAAGACCUACACCCAGGACGGCGUGUGCUUGACCGAGUCAGGGAUGACUCAGUUACAGAGCCUCACGGUGGCCGUUCCAAGAAGAAAGAGAUGCAAACCGAAACUGAAGUUGAAGAUCAUCAAUCAGAAUAGUGUGGCCGUCCUCCAGACCCCGCCGGACUUCCAGUCCGAACACUCGAGGGACGGGGAGAUGGAUGACACCCGAGAAGGAGAGCUCAUGGACUGUGAAGGAAAGUCAGAAUCCAGUCCUGAGCGGGAAGCUGCGGGCGAGGAAACCAAGGGAGGAGAAGGAGCCGAGGGCGUCAAGAAGAGGAAGAGGAAGCCGUACAGACCAGGUAUCGGUGGAUUUAUGGUCCGGCAAAGAAGUCGAACUGGGCAAGGAAAAACCAAAAAAUCUGUGAUUCGCAAAGAUUCCUCAGGCUCGAUUUCUGAGCAGUUGCCUGGCAGGGAUGAUGGCUGGAACGAGCACCUGCCCAACCCUCUGGCCGAUGACUCCAUUUCUGUCACUGAAAACACCGAGAAAAUAAAGAAGAGAUACCGGAAGAGGAAAAACAAGCUCGAAGAGACCUUCCCCGCCUACUUACAAGAAGCCUUCUUUGGGAAAGACCUUCUGGACACAAGUAGGCAGCACAAGCUAAAUGCAGAUAAUCUCUCUGAAGAUCCGGCUCCACUCUCCUACCCAACAGGCAUGAGCACGAGCUUCCUGGAUCCCUUGGAGCCGCUGCUCAGUUCAUCCUCGACGCCGGCAAAGCCUGCAGUUCAAGGUGCUGCUGAGGACCCCUUGGCUGACAUCUCUGAAGUCUUGAGCACGGAUGAUGACAUUCUUGGGAUCAUCUCAGACGACCUCGCGCAGUCUGUGGACGAGUCCGCCAGAAUCGACAUCGGUCCCAUCUCCGAAGGUCCUUCCUCCCUGCCUCAGCCAAUCGUCCACCCGAGUUCACGAUCUCUUAGCGAAGAGCAGCUGGACGGGCUCCUCAGUCCAGAGCUAGACAAGAUGGUCACAGACGGAGCAAUCCUCGGGAAGCUAUAUAAGAUUCCAGAGCUUGGCGGGAAAGAUGUGGAAGACCUGUUCACUGCUGUGCUCAGCCCUGUGACCCCUCAGCCCACCGCGCUCCCACAGCCAGCCCUUGGCCCCUCCCCACAGCUGCUGCCUCUGCACAGCCAGGAUGUCUUUCCGAGGAUACCACUCAUGAACGGCCUCAUCGGACCCGGCCCCCACAUCCCACACAGCUCUCUGCCUCCCGGGAAUGGACUGGGCGCGUUCCCCCCUUAUCCCGAUGCCAGCACGUGGGUGUCGUCCACUCCCAACGUGGAAGGAGAGAGUGACACCCUGUCCAACGCCCAGAGGAGCACACUGAAGUGGGAGAAGGAGGAGGCGCUGGGAGACAUGGCCACGGUGGCUCCUGUCCUCUACACCAACAUCAACUUCCCCAGCCUGAAGGAGGAGUUCCCCGACUGGACUACUAGAGUGAAGCAAAUUGCUAAACUGUGGCGAAAAGCAAGCUCACAGGAGAGAGCACCAUAUGUGCAAAAAGCCCGCGAUAACAGGGCGGCCCUGCGCAUCAAUAAAGUACAGAUGUCUAACGACUCCAUGAAGAGGCAGCAGCAGCAGGACAGCAUCGACCCCGGCUCCCGCAUGGACUCGGACCUGUUCAAGGACCCUCUGAAGCAGAGGGAGUCGGAGCACGAGCAGGAGUGGAAAUUCAGGCAGCAAAUGCGCCAGAAGAGCAAGCAGCAGGCAAAGAUCGAAGCCACGCAGAAGCUGGAGCAGGUGAAGAGUGAGCAGCAGCAGCAGCAGCAGCAGCAGCAGCAGCAGGCGGCCCCCGCCCCGCACGCCCCCCCGGGCCCCGCCACGCCAGGCAGCGGCAUCCAGGGCCCCCUGGCCCCCCAGCCGGCCAGCAGAAGCAUGUCCCCCGCCCAGUCAUUCCACAAGGACCUGUUUACAAAGCCUCCGCCCAGCACCCUGACCGCAGCCUCCUCCUCCUCCUCCUCCUCCUCCUCCUCCUCGGAUGACGUGUUCGUGAAGCCCCAGGCCCCCCCGCCGCCAGGGCCCCCCCGGAUUUCCGUCCCCGAUAACGUGCUCCCCCCACCAGCCACACGGGCGUUCUCGCCCGGCACCCCCAGCUCCCGACCUCGCUCGCCCCUGGACCCCUAUGUGAAGAUGGUGGGCACCCCCAGGCCGGGCCCGCCUGCAGCACAGGGCUUUGCCAGGAGGGGCUCGGGGGGCCUUCCUGAGGCCUGCAGCACUUUGGGGGCUGCCCAGAGGCCCAGUGACACUGCCCCCCGGCCCUCCUGUGCCGCUUCCACGACGGACCCCUAUGCUCAGCCCCCCGACACCCCCAGACCGCUGGGGGCAGAGCCUCGGCCCGCAGCUCUGGGCCCCACCCAGCCACCCCUGCUGUCUGAGCAUCCGGCCCCAGGCCCAGCCGCCCCCACCAGCGACCGCUUUCCCAAGCCCCAGCCGAGGGCAGACGCCUUCCAGAGGCAGCGCCUCCCCGACCCCUAUGCCAGGCCCCUGCUGACCCCUGCGCUUCCAGAUUCUGGGCCCUUCAAAGCUCCCCUGCAGCCCCCGCCUGCCCCCUCGGACCCUUACAGCUCAGCGUCGCAGGCACCUAGGCGGCUCCCCCUGGACCCCUACGAGAGGCCAGCCCUGACGCCUAGGCCUGCGGACAGCUUCCCCCAUGGCCCGGCCAGCGACCCCUACAGCCAGCCGCCCCGUGCCCCAUGCCCAGCCGGGGAGCCUUUCGCCCACCCUGCUCGGGCUUUCCCCCCACCACGUCCUGCAGCUCAGGACCCUUACGCCCAGCCCCCGGGCACCCCCAGGCCCGCCCCGGAGCCCUACUCCCAGCUCCCAGGACCUCCCCACACCCACCUCGACCCCUACGCCCAACCACCUGGCACACCCCGGCCCCUGGCCACUGACCCCUACAGCCAGCACCCGCCCACGCCCCGGCCCGCGCCGCAGCCUGACAUGUUUGGCCAGUCCACAGCCGGCCAGCGGCACCCCGAGGCCUACGCCCACCCUCCCGGUACCCCCCGGCCUGGGACCUCUGCCCCGUACCCGCUGCCACCAGCAGCGCCCCGGCCAAGGACCUCAGAGGGCUACUCACGGCCCUCGGCCUCUAGGCCCGGCCUCAUGCCCACCCAGGACCCUUUCCUGCCGGCUGCCCAGCUCCGAGGACCAGCGCUGCCCAGGCCACCCGACGGCUGUGCCCAGGGUCCCAGGCCCCCCGGACCCAGCCUCUCAGAUGCCUUCUCCCCCUCGGCCACUCGCGACCCCUAUGACCAGCCCCCCAUGACUCCCAGGCCUCAACCCGACUCCUUUGGCUCAGGUCAAGGAGGCCUGGACUCAGAGCAGCCGAGGUCCGGGGCCGAUGGCAGCCUCAGCGCCCCUUCCAACUCCCCCAGGGCUCCGCAGGGGCCCCAGUUCCCCGGGGUGGCCCAGCUGCCCACGCCCACAGGCCCCGAGGCACAGAGGCCCCUGAACAUGUCUCCAGCCGAAGCAGAGAAGCUGCGACAGAGGCAGAAGCUGCGUGAGAUCAUCCUGCAGCAGCAGCAGCAGAAGAAGAUGGCCAACCGGCAGGACAGGAGCGCGCAGGAGCCCGCAGCAGCGCCCCACCCCGGCGCCCUGCAGCACUGGCAGCCCGAGGCCGUGGCCCAGCCCUUCACGCGGCCCCCACCCCCCUACCCCGGCAGCCUCAGGGCCCCCGCUGUCCCUCCCUUGGGACCCAGAUACGCCAUGUUUCCAAAGGACUCGCGAGGGCCCUACCCUCCUGAAGUCUCUGUGGCGGGCCUGAGGCCUCACGGAUUCAGGUUUGGGUUUCCCGGAGGCGGUCCCGCCGCCCUGCCCAGUCAGGAGCGCUUCCUGGUGCCCCCGCAGCAGAUGCAGGGGCCCCGCGUCCCCCCGCAGCUACGGAGGUCCUCGUCCGACAUGCCGAGGCCUCUGAGCAGCUCACAGAUGAGCGCCCAGGCCGGACUCCCCCAGCACUUCCCCCCGCAGGGGCUGCCGCUUCAGCAGCACAACAUCCUGGGCCAGGCCUUCAUCGAGCUGCGCCAUCGAGCCCCGGACGGCAGGCCCCGGCCACCCUUCCCGGCCGCCCCCCCUGGCGGCCUGCUGGAGCCGCCUGCCCACCCCAGGCACGGGGGCUUCCUCCACCGACCGGACUUCCCGGCCCCCAGACCGGCGGCGGAGCCCUUGAGGAGACCGCCCCCGGGUCUGGCGAGUCAGCCGCCUGCCCACGCGCACCUAGACCCGCGGCCCCCGGCACAGCAAGAGCAGGGCCACUCUGCCCACGCGGCCGCCGCCGUGCUCGUGCGGCCCCUGGGCCACCCGUUGGGGGGCGACUUCCCCGAAGCCCCUCUGCCCGCGCCGGCCCCCGCGGCCCCCGAGGGCUUGCAGCUGGGCGCUCGGCCUCCCGACGGCCUGGAGGAGAAGCUGGAUCCCGACGACCCUUCUGUGAAAGACCUGGACGUGAAAGACCUGGAAGGGGUCGAGGUCAAGGACCUGGACGACGACGACCUAGAGAACUUGAACCUGGAUGCGGAGGACGGCAAGGGGGACGAGCUGGACACGCUGGCCAGCCUGGAGACCAACGACCCCAACCUGGAGGACCUCCUGCGUGCGGGCGAGUUCGACCUCAUCGCCUACACAGACCCGGAGCUCGACCUGGGGGAUAAGAAGAGCGCCUUCAGCGAGGAGCUGGACCUCGGCGUCCCCGUGGGCGAGAAGCUAGACCACCAGUGCGCCCCCACAGAGCCCACAGAGAGGGACGGGGACGGGGACGACGACGGGGCCGCUCCCGGUGACCCCGCGCUGUGGAAGCAGCCCGACGGGGCGGCCGGCGAGAUAAAGACGGAGGCGCCUUCUCCAAAGCCCAAAGCAGAGCCCCGCAGCGAGGCGGAGAGGAGCGAGGAGGGCAGGGGGGACCCGGGCACGCCCUGCCACCAGGCCUCCGCGCUCACGGACACCAAGGAGGGAGGCCGGACGCCGCUGCCCGCUGGCGAGGCCAAGAGGCCUGGGGACGACGCCAAGGGGGAUGCGGCCGGCUCCGGCUCUGGCUCUGGCUCGGACCGGGCUCCCGGGGCCCCCCAGCUGCCGGCCGAGGACGGGCCGGGCACCUGCGGCCUGAGCAGCUCCACCCCGGUGCUGUCUGGCCUCCUGGCCGCCGAGAAGCCAGAUGGUUCAGACGCCAGGCCUCUGGGGUCCCCGCCGCCCACCGUGCCGGCCUCGCCCUCCGAGCCAGCGCCCAGCCUGCCGCCCCCGCUGAUGACCCCGCCUGGGCCCGUGCUGGACAGCCCCCUGGCUCCGGGCGUGGCAGCCGUCUCCAGGGCGAGCCACGCUUUCCCCCAGGCUGUGCCAGUGCCCCCCGGGUUCCUCCAGAGUCAGCCCGCGGUGGUCACCCCUGGCUUUGGGGCCGGGAACCCUGCCCCCCAGCCCGGCCCGCCGCUCGUGCCCCCCCUGCCGCUGGCGCAGCAGGGCCGGGAGCGGCCUCUCCUGCUGGAGGAGCAGCCGCUGCUGCUACAGGACCUGCUGGACCAGGAGAGACAGGAGCAGCAGCAGCAGCGGCAGAUGCAGGCCAUGAUCCGCCAGCGCUCCGAGCCCUCCUUCUUCCCCAACUUCGAUUUCGAUGCGAUUACCGAUCCUAUUAUGAAAGCCAAAAUGGUGGCCCUCAAAGGCAUAAACAAAGUAAUGGUACAAAACAGCAUGGGCAUGCCUCCCAUGGUUAUGAGCAGGUUCCCCUUCAUGGGACAGGGGGUGACAGGAGCACAGAACACUGACGGCCAGAGCCUCCUGCCACAGGCGACCCCUCAGGAUGGCAGUAUAACACAUCAGAUUUCUAGGCCUAAUCCUCCAAAUUUUGGUCCAGGCUUUGUCAACGACUCGCAGCGUAAGCAGUACGAAGAAUGGCUCCAGGAGACCCAGCAGCUUCUUCAGAUGCAGCAGAAGUACCUGGAGGAGAAAAUCGGUGCCCACAGGAAAUGCAAAAAGGCCCUCUCCGCCAAGCAGCGCACAGCCAAGAAAGCGGGCCGGGAGUUCCCGGAGGAGGAUGCCGAGCAGCUCAAGCACGUGACGGAGCAGCAGAACGUGGUGCAGAAACAGCUGGAGCAGAUCCGCAAGCAGCAGAAGGAGCACGCGGAGCUGAUGGAGGAUUACCGCCUCAAGCAGCAGCAGCAGUGUGCGCUGGGGGGGCAGCCACAGGCCCCCCUGGCUCCCGGCCCCGCCCCACCCGGCUUCCCCCUGGCGCCCCACCCUCCGCACCCCGGGGUCCUGGGAGCCCACGUUGGUCCUGUGCGUGCGCCCAGCCUGCCCGCCUGGCGGCCCCCCGGGCCCCCAGCCCACCUGCCCCUCAACCCCCCGGCCCCCCAGAUGCCCAUGAAGACUUGCACCCCGGCCCCGGGGGCUGUGCCCAGCGCCAGCCCGCAGGGAGGCCCGCCGCCCCGGGUGCAGUUUGAGGACAACAACCCCUUCAGCGAGGGCUUCCAGGAGCGGGAGCGCCAGGAGCGGCUGCGGGAGCAGGGCCUGCGCCUACAGCUGCUGCGGGAUGCCGACCGCCACCGGGCGCUGCAGCAGGGCCUGCCCGCGCCCCCCCUGCCCUUCUGCGGCGCCCCUGACCUGCCCCGGGACAUCCUGCAGCCGCCUCAGCACCCACCCGGGCCCCUGGGCUCGCCCCCCGCCCAAGCCUUCCUGCAGAGCGCCGAGCGCAGGCCCCCCGGGCCACCAGCCUUCCUCCCCGAUGCCCCCGAUGCCCUGCCUGCGGGCGGCCCCGGCUUCCAUUCUGCUAAGCAGGGCCCUGGGGGCACCCACAGCUUCCAGCAGCCCCCCACCUUGCCCCCUGGCCCCCCAGCUCUGCCAGCCGCACCCCCCGUACCCGGGAGCACUGUCUCCUGCGGCCAGGACCCAGGAGCCACCCCGUCCCUCAUCCAGCUGUAUUCUGACAUCAUCCCUGAGGAGAAGGGGAAGAGGAAGAGGACGAGGAAGAGGAAGAAGGAGGAAGACGUGGAGUCCACCAAGACGCCCUCCACACCCCACUCGGACAGCACUGCCCCACCAACCCCUAGCGUCUCCGAAGCUACCUCUACCCCCACCAGGAGCACCCCCAGUGAGCCGCCCCUUCAGGGGGACCCCGAGGCAGGGGAGCCGGCUGCCCCGCCGUGUGCAGAAGUGGACAGCAAGCCGCCAGCCGGGGACUUUCCACAGACCCUCACGGGGCCCGAGGCCGGGGAGCCGGUAGUGGACACGCCGCCCACAGCCGUGGGGGUCAAGCUGGAGGUGGGGGAGCCCGAGCCACACCUGGGCCCUGAGGGGCCUCUGCCAGGAGACCAGGCGCGGAGUCAGGUGGGAGACAGCGCCACGGCCCCCCUCUCCACCGACCAGAGCCCCCCCCAGCCCAACAGCGGCCCCCCUGUCAAAGGGGACUCGGGCAACGAGCUCCUGAAACACUUGCUGAAGAACAAGAAGGCCGCUGCUCUUCUGAACCAGAAGCCUGGGGGCGGCCUGGGCUCCGAAGACGACGGCACAAAGCCUGGCAAGCCCGUGGGGAGGCAGAGCCCUGCCGAGGGCCUGCCCAGUCUGGGGUCCCCGGCCGCGCUCGGUGCUUUCGGCUGCAGCAGUCACCAGUCGCCCAGGGCGGAGGGGGCAGGAGACACCAAGAGGCAGCGCAGCAGGCGCGCGCAGAGGACCGCGGAGAGGUCCGGCCCUCGCGUCAAGAAGAGGAAGAAGGACGAAGAGGAGAAGCAGCCAGUGUACUCUCACCCCGACUCCUUCCCCCACCUGAAGCAGCAGCUCUCUCUGCUCCCUCUAAUGGAACCGAUCAUUGGAGUGAACUUUGCGCACUUUCUUCCUUAUGGCAGUGGCCAAUGUAAUAGUGGGAGUCGGCUGCUAGGAGCUUUUGGCAGCGCCACCCUUGACGGGGUUUCGGAUUACUAUUCUCAGUUGAUCUACAAGCAGAAUAAUUUAAGUAAUCCUCCAACACCCCCUGCCUCUCUUCCUCCUACACCACCUCCUAUGACUUGUCAGAAGAUGGCCAAUGGUUUUGCGACGACGGAGGAGCUUGCUGGGAAAGCCGGCGUGUUCGUGAGCCACGAAGUGACCAAGGGUCUGGGACCCAAGCCGUUCCCGCUGCAGUUAAGACCCCAUGAGGACUUGUUGGCCAGGGCCAUCACCCAGGGCCCAAAGACGGUGGACAUCCCGGCCUCCCUGCCCACACCACCGCACAGCAACCAGGAGGACCUCAGGGUACAAGAGCACACCGUGGAGCGGGACACCCCCGACAGCUUUGUGCCCUCGUCUUCACCCGAGAGCGUGGUGGGCACAGAAGUGAGGCGGUACCCAGACCUGUCACUCGUCAAGGAGGAGCCGCCAGAGCCCGUACCCUCCCCCACCAUCCCGCUGCUGCCCAGCGGCGCCGGCAAAGGCUCGGAGUCUCGGCGGAAGGACGUGCAGGCUGAGCCAGGCGCCUUGUUUUUCACGCCGCCUUUCGGCUCGUCCCCCAAUGGCCCCCGGUCGGGCCUCAUCUCUGUGGCCAUCACUCUGCACCCGACGGCUGCUGAGAACAUCAGCAGCGUUGUGGCUGCGUUUUCCGACCUCCUCCACGUGCGUGUCCCCAGCAGCUACGAGGUUAGUAGGGCUCCAGACGUUCCCUCCGUGGGCUUGGUCAGUGGCCACAGAGGAAACCCCGGCACGGAGUACCGACAGCAUGUGUUUCUCCGCGGGCCUCCACCAGGAUCUGCACACCCGCCCCGGCUAGCCAGCUCUCACCGGCUGAAGCAGCCGACCCUGCCCUUCCCUCCAGUGGGCAACGGUCUCCCUGGAUACAAGGACCCGGCUCCCGGCCUCCCGGAAGGCCCCGCGCUCAGGCCGCAGUGGUGCUGCCACUGCAAGGUGGUGAUUCUCGGGAGUGGAGUGUGGAAGUCCUUCAGAGACCUGGCCUUUGCUGGCAAGGAAUCCCGAGAGCACUCCAGCCGAGUGGAGAAGGACAUUGUCUUCUGCAGUAACAACUGCUUCGUGCUCUACACGUCGACCACACAAGUGAAAGACCCAGGGGGCAAGGAUCCGGCGCCCCCACAGUCCCCCCUGACGGCCACGCCGCCCAGGGCCGCCCACCAGUACAGCGCCAACACCUCCAGCCUGGACGUGCACCGCCUGCCCGCGCCCCGGGAGCGACCGUCCCCGCCCGCCUCGCCGCCGCCCAGCUUCCCGCUGGCCCUGGAGGCCGCCCACGCCGAGGCCAGGCCCGACGAGCUCAAGGUGACCGUCAAGCUGAAGCCGCGGCCGCGCGCCGUGCCCGGGGGCCUGGACGAGGGCCGCCCGCUGCCCAAGAAGUGGCGCGGCCUCCGGUGGCGCAAGUGGAGCCCGCAGGCGGGCGCUCCCCGCGGCCCCUGCCCGCCCCCCGGCGAGGCCGAACCCGACGCCGCCCUGCAGCAGGUGGGCACCCCCCUGAGGCCCGAGCCGGCCCCCCGCGAUGGCCGCCGCUGCUGCUUCUGCCACGAGGAGGGCGACGGGCGGACGGACGGGCCGGCGCGGCUGCUCAACCUGGACCUGGACCUGUGGGUGCACCUCAACUGCGCGCUCUGGUCCACCGAGGUGUACGAGACGCAGGCCGGCGCGCUCAUGAACGUGGAGCUGGCGCUGCGCCGUGGCCUGCAGGUCAAGUGCGCCUCCUGCCACCGGCCGGGUGCCACCAGCGGCUGCCACCGCUUCCGCUGCGCCAACGUCUACCACUUCCCCUGCGCCACGCGCGUGCCCUGCAUGUUCUUCAAGGACAAGACGCUGCUGUGCCCGGCGCACCGGCCCAAGGGGCUACAGGAGCAGGAGCUCAGCGACUUUGCGGUCUUCCGCCGCGUGUACGUGCAGCGCGACGAGGUGCGGCAGAUCGCGGGCCUGGUGCAGCGGGGCGAGCGCCAGCACACCUUGCGCGUGGGCAGCCUCAUCUUCCACGCGCUGGGCCAGCUGCCGCCGCGCCACAUGGCCGCCUUCCACUCGCCCAGCGCGCUCUUCCCCGUGGGCUACGAGGCCAGCCGCCUCUACUGGAGCACCCGCCACCCGCACCGCCGCUGCCGCUACCUCUGCUCCAUCGCCGAGCAGGACGGCCGCCCGCUCUUCCUGGUGCGCGUGCUGGAGCAGGGCCACGAGGACCUGGUGCUCAGCGGCUCCUCGCCCAAAGGUGUCUGGGACAAGAUCCUGGAGCCCGUGGCGUGCGCGAGGAAGAAGUCGCAAAUGCUGCAGCUCUUCCCGGCCUACCUGAAAGGGGAGGACCUGUUCGGCCUCACCGUCUCAGCCGUGGCCCGGAUCGCAGAAUCCCUGCCUGGCGUGGAGGCCUGCGAGCGCUACUCCUUUCGCUACGGCCGCAACCCGCUCAUGGAGCUGCCGCUGGCCGUCAACCCCUCGGGCUGUGCGCGCUGUGAGCCCCGCAUGAGCGCCCAUGUCAAGAGGUUCGUGUUAAGGCCGCACACACUGAACAGUACCAGCACCUCCAAGUCCUUCCAGAGCACGGUGACGGGGGAGCUGAACGCACCCUACAGCAAGCAGUUCGUGCACUCGAAGUCCUCGCAGUACCGCAGGAUGAAGAGCGAGUGGAAGUCCAACGUCUACCUGGCGAGGAGCCGCAUCCAGGGCCUGGGGCUGUACGCGGCUCGCGACAUGGAGAAGCACACCAUGGUCAUCGAGUACAUUGGCACCGUCAUCCGCAACGAGGUGGCCAACCGCAAGGAGAAGCUCUACGAGUCGCAGAACCGCGGUGUGUACAUGUUCCGUAUGGACAAUGACCACGUGAUUGAUGCCACGCUCACAGGGGGGCCUGCCAGGUACAUCAACCACUCCUGUGCCCCCAACUGCGUGGCGGAGGUGGUGACGUUUGAGAGAGGGCACAAGAUCAUCAUCAGCUCCAGCCGCAGGAUCCAGAAGGGGGAGGAGCUGUGCUACGACUACAAGUUCGACUUCGAGGACGACCAGCACAAGAUCCCCUGUCACUGCGGGGCCGUCAACUGCCGCAAGUGGAUGAACUGAGGCCUCCAGCCCGGGACCCUCGACCCCCGACCCCCGACCCCGCGGAGAGGCCCGCUCUGUGAGGGGCUGGGGCGGCCGCCGGGCCUCCCCCCACCCCACCCCCACCUCCCCGGGGCUCCCAGGGCGGCCCAGCACUUUCCUCGCAGGCUCCGGUGGGUUGGGGCUCCGGGGUUCCCGAGGGUCCGGGGCAGGGGCCAUGAAUGUAGGACUGAGGUCACCAGCAGCCCGUAGUGCUGGCCGCGCCUUAGAGACGGGGGCAGGUCCUCUAGUUCGUUUUUACAUAAAGUAGACACCACUGAACAAGGAAUGUACUGACAUGACUUCCUUAGGGAUAGAGCUAAGGGGUAAUAACUUGCACUAAAAACAUUUAAAUACUUGAUUCCAUGAGUCAGUUUAUUGUAGUUUUUGAUUUCUGUAAAAUAAGAGAAACUUUUUGUAUUUAUUAUUGAAUAAGUGAAUGAAGCUAUUUUUAAAUAAAAGUUAGAAGAAAGCCGAGCUGCUACUGUCCCUGCAGAACUAACAAGCCCUGUUACUCUGUACAGACGUGUAAAUACUCGGAGGAAAAGGCAGUAUAAAAAUAGUUAUUGACCAAAUGCUCCCAGGCUCGCGGCAGCUGGUGCUCACUUCAGUUGAGAAGGGAUGUCGAGAUGUCUUUGUGUUCCGGACUUGCCGUGAGAUUUCCGUAACAACCAAAAUUUCAACCUAGUGUUUGGGCUUUUUUGGAAACUGCGGUCUCUUAGCACUUGGUUGUUUUUUACACUUUCCCUGGGUAGGAUGGCGCGUGGGGCCACGGCUGCGCCUUUUCUGGCUGUUUUGGUAACUUAAGACUCAUUUUUCUCAUGGCUGCAGUCCUACUUCUGCAGUCAGGUUUUCCUGUGCUUACGACUCGUGAUAACUGUGAAUGCCUGCCAAGCACCCUGGGGGGAGGCUGGGUCUGUCUUCUUCGCACAGGUAGUUGUGAUUAGGACUUUGUUUCCAGCCGCAAGGAAUCAUGUGAAACGGAACAGGCCCGCAUAGAGCAGGAAGCCCCCUCUCUAACGCUCUCGCCUUCUAGCUAACACAGGAAUCUGGAAAAAAGAAAAAGAAAGAAAAAAAAAAAAAAGAGGAGAGCAGUGACUUUGCUCACAGCUGCCGCCCACGGCAAUAGGUUCUGGAAGAUUAAUUUUAAACCGUGUUUGUAUGAACUGUUUACAUUUCUCUAAUAAAACACGCUGUUUUGUGUUUGCCUGUAGAAUCCUGAUCGGCGUUUCGAACCAGGUGAUAGCUUUUCCUUUUGUACGUAAGGUUCUGGUACUGACACUUCACGUCUGCGUACCCACGAGGUUUUGUGUGCACAGAUCCGGCGGGCGGUGGGCAGUCUGCGGUGGGCUGCCGCCGCAGUGUACAUGGCAUGAUGUAUUUUUUAUCUUACAGAAAAAAAAUCAGUGUAUAUAUUUUUCUCUUGAUAAAUAGCUGUAUGAAAUUUGUUUCCUGGAUAUUUUUCUUCUCUUGUACGAUAUUCUUGACAUCCUUAACCAGUAUUUGUCCUACCGGGUUUUGUUUUGUUUCCUGUUCUGUAUAAUAGUAUCUAAUGUUGGCAAAAUUGAAUUUUUUGAAGUACACAGAGUGUUAUGGGUUUUGGAAUUCGUGGACACAGAUUUAGAAGACCACCAUUUACAAAUAAAAUAUUUUACAUCUA